AUGGCAUUACCAGCACACCUGCAGCAGACCUUUUCGCCAGAAGAAAUACAGUUUAUUGUGGAGAAUGAGCCCAUAAAGAUUUUUCCCAGAAUAACGACACGCCAAAAGAUUUAUGGAAAUGACGGAGGAGUGAAAAACCAGAUACCCAGUCGCUGGCAGCUCAUUACGACAGAUGAUAAGGCUUUAAAUAAUAUGGUGGCAAUGCGUUCCACAGAAGUGGUCCUUUGGGUUGCUCUUCUUUUGAAGCAGCAAUCCAAGUGUAGUAUUGUAGCACCACAGUGGUUAACGACAAAAGAGCUUGAUAGAAAGAUAAAGUAUGAAAAGGCCCAUCCAGAUAGAUUCAGUGAGUUGCCGUGGAACUGGCUUAUUUUGGCACGUAUACUCUUCAGUAAAGCUAAGGAUGAUUUCCAUGAUCCUGUUCACGAAUUACGCGGUAGAAUUCAAGAUUUAAGAGAGAUGAGGCAGGUUAAAGUAUUAAAAGGUCUUAAAUAUUUGAAUGAGUCGCAUUUGCAAUUAGACAAUCUCAGUCUGUUAGAAAUAAAUGAGCUGAGGCCGUUCAUCACUGACAUCAUGGAUAAGUUAAGAGAGAUUCAUUCUGCAUCUCUUACUGCUGGUGCUGAAAACGAGGAAGAAGAUUUCAAUAUUUGA